AUGCGCCUUCUAAACUUGGCUUUCGUGUCGAGACCCAACAUAGGCUUCCAGAUUUGUCUAAACGUGCUUGAAAACGGUCCGAUUACUGGUGGAGGUGUCUACUGGCGUCAAGCAUAUGAUAUUGGAGACAUGGAACCACACGAUUUGAAUUUUGAUGGAGAUCAAAUUGAGAUGGUAGAUCACACGCCACGCCCACUCGAAGCGUCUGAGUCAAGAAAUUGGCAGCCAAAAUGUGAGUUUCAAUCCAGAAACUAUUUUGCCCGCUAG